GCCCGGGUCCCUGUAAAGAUGUCUGAGCAGGCGGGGAGGGAGCGGAGCCGAGGACUCGAAACGAGCGCGCAGAGCCCGCCACUGUCUGCUGUUUAACCGCUCCAGGUUCAUGCCAAUCUGACGAGCAGUUGCAAUGUCCAAUGACAGCCAGGGAUCUGUAAAGGGGGAGGCAGCAGCACCGGUGCUGCCCCCCUCUGGCUCUGCCUCCUCCCAAGGCCCUCCCCUCUCUCCAUCCACGGCCUCCAGGACACCUGAACUCCCAGACGAGCUGAUCCAGGCCGGAUGGUCCAAGUGUUGGUCCCGGAGGGAGAACCGGCCCUACUACUUCAACAGAUUCACCAACCAGAGCCUGUGGGAGGUGCCAGUGUUGGGUCAGCAUGACGUCAUUUCUGAUCCUCUGGGUCUUAACGCAGCUCCGGCAGAGGGCGGAGACAGUAACCUCGGUAACGGUCAGAGGAAGAGGAGGAACUCUGAGGAGCAGGGAGCGGGGGCAAAUAACUUGAAACGUGCAAAGGUAGAGCCCACUACACCCAUUUCUCCCAGCACCCCUGGGGCCAAACCCUGGAGCAGCGCCGCCCCUGAAGAGAAGCCGAGCCAGACAGCGAUGCCCACCACCCCGACGCCAGGCCCCGCCCCGUACAGACCUGCAGUGAUUUACUGGGACCUGGACAUCCAGACAAAUGCCGUGAUUAGAGAGCAACGCCCUGCCAAUCAUUUACCCCCCCACCCGGAAAUCGAGCUGCAGAGAGCGCAGCUGGUCACCAAACUGAGGCAACACUACCACGAGCUCUGCCACCAGAGAGAAGGUAUCGAUCCACCACGCGAAUCGUUUAACCGCUGGCUGCUGGAGAGGAAAGUGAUCGAUAAAGGUCAGGACCCGCUGCUGCCCAGCGAGUGUGAGCCGGUGAUCUCCCCGUCCAUGUUCAGAGAGGUGAUGAACGACAUCCCCAUCAGGUUAUCUCGUAUUAAGUACAAAGAGGAGGCCCGAAAGCUGCUGUUUAAAUACGCUGAAGCUGCCAAGAGGAUGAUUGACUCCAGGAACGCCAGUCCAGAGAGCAGGAAGGUGGUGAAGUGGAACGCUGAGGACACCAUGAACUGGCUGCGUAGAGAUCACUCCGCCAGCAAAGAGGACUACAUGGACCGUCUAGAACACCUGAGGCAGCAGUGCGGCCCUCACGUCACUGCUGUUGCCAAAGACUCGGUGGAGGGAAUCUGCUCCAAGAUCUACCAGCUGUCGACAGAAUACAGCCGGCGGCUGAGACAGACGCACCUGAGCCUGCUGCAGGACCCGGCCACAGAGACAGGCUCGUCGCCGCCGCCGUCGCGGCUCGUCUACUGCUACCCGGUGAGACUGGCCAUCCCCACGCCCCCCCUGCCCCGCGUGGAGCUGCACUUUGAGAACGACGUGGCUUGUCUUCGCUUCAGAGGAGAGAUGGUCAAAGUCAACAGAGGACACUUCAGCAAGCUGGAGCUGCUGUACCGGUACAGCUGUAUAGACGAUCCUCGCUUUGAGAAGUUCCUGUCCAGAGUGUGGUGUCUUCUGAAGAGAUACCAGGUGAUGUUCGGCAGCGGCGUGAACGAGGGGACGGGUCUGCAGGGGGCGCUGCCGGUGCCAGUGUUCGAGGCAUUGAAUCGGCAUUUUGGAGUUUCCUUUGAGUGUUUUGCUUCGCCGCUGAACUGCUACUUCAAACAGUUCUGCUCUGCCUUUCCCGACAGCGACGCCUUCUUUGGAUCCAGAGGGCCAUUUUUGUCCUUCAAUCCAGUCAGCGGCUCGUUUGAAGCCAAUCCUCCGUUUUGUGAGGAGCUGAUGGACGCCAUGGUGACGCAUUUUGAGGAACUCCUGGAGCAGUCUACAGAGCCGCUGUCCUUCAUCAUCUUCGUCCCCGAGUGGCGUGACCCGGUCACCCCGGCUCUGACCCGCAUGGAGGCCAGCCGGUUCCUGCGGCACCAGAUGAACGUCCCGGCCUACGAGCACGAGUACCGGUCCGGAGGACAACACCUCUGCAAGAGGGAGGAGAUGUACUACCGGGCCGUCCACGGCACCGUCGUGCUCUUCCUUCAGAACGACGCCGGCUUCGCCAAGUGGGGCCCGACGACGGAGCGGCUGGCCGAGCUGACGGCGGCCUACCGGCCCGCCUCGGCCCGCUCCUCCUCCCUGUCCUCCCCCGGCCCCGCCCACAUCUCCCCCGCAGACAGAGACUCCGCCCACAAGGCCCCAGACAGGACACAGAGCGGGGUGAUGUCCCCCGGUGGCCAUGACAACGGCAGCAGCAGCAGCACCAGCACCAGCACCAGCACCAGCCCACAGGACAAGCCUGCUGCCGUGUAGAGGGCUGGCCCGGGGCCCGGGGCCCCCUGGGGGGCUCCUCACAUCCUCACCCUUUCAGAUCGUCCCUCACCAGCAUCUACAGUCACCUCUAUCCCAUAACGCUCCUCUGUCUGCACCGGCAGGGGCGGGGCCUUGUUCAACACUACGCCCCUCGGCCGCUCUGAUUGGCUGAAACUCUGGAGCUUUCCUGUCACACGCUGGUCGGUAGGAAGCAGCUGAUCAGCGGCUCGUUGUAGCUCCAGCAAUAAAAACUGACACGAUGAGGGGGAGGAGUCUGACUGGUCCCCCCCCACGGGGGGGGACCGGUUAGCACGGCAGCUAUCAUUUCUAUCAACCCGUCUUUCUGAACUGAACAGAAUCAAACCUCCUCCUCCUCAGCAGGAGUGAGUGCUGCUGAGAGCAGGCUGUCGCCGGAGGACAGGGGCGGGGCCUCGGAGGACAGGGGCGGGGCCUCGGAGGACAGGGGCGGGGCCACGGAGGACAGGGGGCGGGGCCUCGGAGGAGUUAGUUCUGUCUUCUCUUCUCAUGUUUUAUCAACAAAACUACGGAAAGAGUAUCAGGGCCAGACAGGAGAAGAAUAAAAAUAAUAUUUAAGAGGACGACGAUUUUAUUUAUUUUUUUUCAUUAUGCAUUUUGAGAAAAAGUCAAAGUCGAGAAAAAAGUCGAAAUGUCGAGAUUAAUGUUGAAGUACAAUUCAACAUGUCGAGAUUUCGAAGAAAUUUUCGAAAUUUUGAGAAAAAAGUCAAAAUGUUGAGAAAAAAGGUGAAAUUUUGACUUUAUUCUUGAAAUUGUCUUUCAAUAUUAAUCUCGACAUUUCGACUUUUUUAUCUCGAAGUGCACAAUAAAAAAAAAUCUUCCCUCUCAAACAUUUUUUCUCCUGCAUAGCCCUAAUACUAAUCAUUUUGCAUUAAAAAAAAAAGAAGCACAUUGUGGGGAAAAAAAAGGUCUGGUAGUUGUUCAGGCAACAUGGGGGGUUUUCUCCAUCAACUAUAGCAACUGGUGGGUGUCUGGGCUCCCUGGGGUCUGCUGGAGCCCAGGUCCCAGCUCUGAGAGCCCCCCAGGCCACCACACCCCUCACACUCCCGGCCCCCCGCCAGCCAGCCGGACCCUCUGGGAAGAAGCUGGACUACCCAGAAACCCCGGCCAGGACGGAGAGACAACCUGAUCUGAAGCAGAAACGUUGGCAACGAGUCGCCCUGCUGCCGCAUCCUUCCUCGUAUAAAGACUUUAAUUUUCAUAAAUCUGAAUGUGUUGGGGUUUGUUUGUUUUUUUUGUUUUUUUUUUACUAGCAAUUUGAAAUUUUUUCCUGUAAUUUGUAUCAUUUGGAUGCAGUUUUAUUUAAAGUCGGGUUCAGUCUAGUCUGAUUUGAUUUCUGUGAAAUCCAGUUCUUGUUGGUUUAAUCUGUCAAUUUGCUCAAAUGUGUUCUGCUUGUCAACUGGUUUAGUUAAUCCCAGGCAGGUUUAUUCCCCUCGGGACUUGUUUAGUUUGACCUAGUUUGGUGUGUCUUAAUCCAAGUUGAACAAUCUUCUUUUGUCUGGUUUAAUUCAUCAGUCAAGUUCACUCUGCUUUUGGACAAGUUUAUUCCACUUUAAACUAGUUAAUCUGGGACAGGUGGAUUCCAGAUCAGACUGGUUUAAUCUCCUUCAGCCUAAUCCACGUUGGACCACCAGUGUGGUUUGGUUUAAUCUAGUUUGGCUACUUUUAUUCUAGUUUCAACAUGUUUAGUUAACGUUUGGACUGGUUUGUCUGGUUUAAUCUGGUUCAUUGGCUGCAGCGGCCUCCUGCUCUCUGAUUGGCUGCCGUGGACCCGUCAGCCUCCUGGGGCAUCAGUCUUGUAGAUACUGUACAGUUGGACUGAUCCAAAGUCUGUUCAUGAUCUGUUUUGCUGUCAAAGCUGGGUUUUUUUUUAAUGAUUAAUUUGAUUUAAUUUAACCUUUUUAAAGAGAUAUGUGUUUGUGUAUUUACAACCUCAUAGUUUGUUUUAACCAAACCAAAGUGUUAUAAGAAGAUGUAUACGUAUGUGUGUGUGUGUACAGUGCAAGUGUAUAUAUCUGUGAGCUGGACUCUGCACCGUCUCCUCCUUCCAGCUGUGCAUGUGCACGUUUGGACUCUGAAAGGUUGGGGGUGGUGGUGGAGCGGCAGAGACUCCAGCGUCGGGGGGUCCUCACAGCCAUGGAGUGUAAAUACCUUCUGUCCUGCAGACAAACUGCAGCUGCUGUUCCAGUAAAAGAUAUAUCCA